CGCGCUCCGUGCUCAGCCGCAGCAGAUCGUGAAUGUGAACGUGGUCUCCGGGUGCAGCUUCUUCGCCUCCUGCCUCCUGCCUACUGCCUUCUGCGCCGCCUGCCUCGCGUGUGUGUCUGUUGGAACUCCUGUGCCCCUGCCACGGCCAUGCAUUCGCCGGCUGCCAAAGUGUCGGGCUACAUUGUCCUGAUGAUUGUGCAAAUAAUUUUCCUGGUCCUAUUCUGGCUGUUCGUGCGUUACGAGAAGGCGGCAAUGCCGCCGGCACUCGGCGCUGAAGACGCUGGAUCAGCAAACGAACACGUUUCGAAAUAUCCGCAGUUCCAGGACAUCCAGGUGAUGAUCUUCAUUGGCUUUGGCUUCCUGAUGACCUUCCUGCGCAAGUACGGCUACAGUGCCACGGGCUUCACCUUGUUCAUGGCCUCCUUGGUGGUCCAGUGGUCCGUCCUAAUGAAGGGAUUCCUGCACAUGGAGGGCGGCAAGAUCAGCCUCUCGCUGGAGAGCAUCAUCGAUGCGGACAUUGCCGCCGCCGUGCCCCUAAUUAGCAUGGGCGCCCUGCUGGGCCGCACCACCCCCAUCCAGCUGCUGUGCAUGUCCAUCUUCGAGGUGGCCCUGUUCGCGGCCAACGAGUAUCUGGCCCUGAACGUCCUCAGCAUCUGCGACUGCGGCGGGUCCAUCACCGUCCACGCCUUCGGCGCCUACUUCGGCCUGGCCGUGGCCAUGAUGCUGCGUCCCGCCAGCGACCAGAACGAGGCGGGCAAGCACGAGGGCGCCAACUACACAUCCGACAUUCUGGCCAUGAUCGGCACCACCUUCCUGUGGGUGUACUGGCCCAGCUUCAACUCGGUCCUGGCCGCGGGCACUGGCGGCGAGCGGGCCAUUUUGAACACGUUUCUGUCAUUAGCCGCGGCAACAGUGACCACCUUCGUUGUGUCCGCACUUGUCAGCCAUGAGAAUAAAUUGGAUAUGGUGCACGUGCAGAACUCGACUCUCGCCGGCGGCGUGGCCGUGGGAACCGUGUGCAACCUGCUACUCGGCGCACACGGCGCUGUCUUAAUUGGCAUUAUCGCCGGCACGGUUUCGGUGCUCGGCUAUCGCUAUUUAACCCCCUGGUUAACGUCCAAUCUGCGGCUGCAUGACACCUGUGGCGUACACAAUCUGCACGGAAUGCCGGCCCUGAUUUCGGCCAUUGCCUCGGCUAUUUACGCCUCGAUGGCCAGCCUGGACGACUACCAAUCGGAGUUGCAGGACAUAUUUCCGGCCAUGGUUGGCAACAAUGCCACUGCCACCAAAUUUAUGGGCGGUCUGGGCCGCAAUGCCAGCUCCCAGGCGGGCUAUCAAUUGUUUGGCAUCGCCCUGACGCUGCUCAUUGCCAUAGGCGGUGGCAUUUUGACAGGCACCGUCUUGAAGUACACCAGUUUCCGGAACCUCAAGAAGGACGAGCAGCACCAGGACGAGCAGUACUGGGAGGUGCCGGCGCUGGAUAACAAAGAGGAAUAUGAACUAGAAAAAGUCGAAGAGCUUUUGUUGUAGGCAUCCGAAAGGCAUCCACAGAAACACAUCACGGCACAGCACUGCACAGAGCCCAGCGGUGAGGACAAGGGGAGACGGCAAUCCUUUGUUGUCCUUCGACUUCGCUUCGCUUAAUUUUUGUGGACAUUUUGUC